UUGAAAGUACUUUUAAAGUGUUGACGUGAACAGUAUAGGAAUACCAGGUCUAAGAGUGGAUCGAUAUAGGGAAUUAAUCAUCUUACAAAGUAUAAUGAAGAUCGUUUUUUUAAUAACCGUAUGUUUCGGCCUGACAGCAGCUGAUUCGCCAAUAAGCGAACAGUGGAAAUCAUUUAAGGCAGAGCAUAAAAAAAAGUACGCUAGUGCCUAUGAAGAAAAUUUAAGAAUGUCUAUAUUCAGGGAAAAUAUAAAGGAGAUUGAAGAGCACAAUGCCAAAUACGCAAAGGGUGAAGUUGCAUAUAGUUUGAAGAUUAACAAAUUUGGAGAUUUGAGUCCAGAAGAGUUUUCUGCUAAAUUUAACGGUUACCAAAAGAACUCGCCAACGACCAACAGCAACCUCGGCCAGAAGUUCGAAUACCCAUUGAAUGCGAAUUUACCGAACUCGAUGGACUGGAGGAACAUAGGAGCAGUGACAGCAGUCAAAAGCCAAGGUACUUGUAACGGAUGCUGGUCAUUCAGCGCGACCGGAGCGAUGGAGGGACAACUGUUCAUUAAUACCGGGAACCUGAUAGCCCUCAGCGAACAACAGCUCAUCGACUGCUCCUCUUUCUACGGCAACAAGGGAUGCAAUGGAGGCAGGAUGGAGAGUGCUUUCCAGUACCUCAAGGAAGCGGGCGGCAUCGCCAGCGAGAACAACUAUCCUUUCCUUGGGAUGGAUGGGAAAUGUAUCUUCUCAAACAACCUCAUCGUCAAUGGAACCAAGGUUACUUCCUACACCGAGUUACCUGAUGGCGACGAGGAUGCUCUUAAAGCAGCAGUGGCUACCGUAGGUCCGGUGUCUGUCGCUGUGAAAGCUGGUAGCAGAAAAUUUAUGUAUUACGAAAAAGGCAUUUUGACGAGUGAUGGGUGCGGUACUCAACUCACCCACGCAGUUCUGGUCGUGGGAUACGGAACAGAAUCCAACGUGGAUUUUUGGAUUGUCAAGAACUCCUGGAGUACUAAAUGGGGAGAAGAUGGAUACGUAAGGAUAGCAAGGAACCAAGGUAACGCCUGCGGACUGGCCACCUUUCCCAGCUACCCAACUCUGGAGAAGUCAGCGAGCGGCAACAAAACUACAGUGGCGCCACCUACGGGCAAACCGACACCCACAAAUGCGGGGAUUGCAGUCCUCUCUUCAGAGAAUCUGCUUCUUGCCUGUUUGUUUUUUAUUUACUCGGCAAUAAAAAUUGGAUACAUUUAAUGUUCCUGUAAUUUUGUUUAAGGAUUUUACUGUUAACCUUAACUGUAAGAUAUAUAUAAAUUGAUUGAUUUAAAUCAAUAGGAUUUGUAAUAAAGAUAAUUUGAUGU